UGGUGAGCAGAAGAGACUCCUUUCAAAAACAUACAAAUAAAUCUUACCAACUCCAAACUUAUCUCACUGAAAAACACCCUUUUAACUGGUUUCAGAGUAAAUGCGUAAUUACUGACGUGCAUCAAACGAUUUUUUUCAUGUAGAUCACCCUCGUGAAGACGAGUGUUUUUGUGUGCUCGUGGUAUUUAUGUCUGUGUCUCUCUCUCAGCGUUCGGGGCCGUGUUACAGGGAAGUCUGUUUGGUUUGGUGGGUUUGUUGCCGCAGAGGUACAGCGCUGUCUUUAUGAGCGGACAGGGACUCGCUGGGACAUUUGCUGCUCUUGCAAUGAUCUUCGCCAUCGCAAGUGAAGCUGAUAGUGAGUCUGCAGCUCUGGGUUAUUUCAUCACUCCGUGUGUCGGGACACUCGUCACGCUCUUCAGUUACAUGCUGCUGCCAAAGCUGGAGUUUGCUACAUUUUACCUGGACAGAAAAAGCAAGAGUUACGAGCUUGAGACGUCCAACCGGCUUCUGCCUACAGGUGAAACUUAAGGCUUUGAGAA